AUGGAGUUUGUCUUGGCUGAUGAACAUGGUGGAAAAAUACAUGCUGCAGCGAAGAAGAAGGACAUAGGCAGGAUCUCCAAGGAUUUGAAAGUUGGCGAAUGGAGAGUCCUUGACAAUUUCCAGGUUGCUCAUGCAACGGGUCAGUUCCGUCCUACAAACAGCAAAUGGAAGAUGACGAUGACAUUGAACACGAAAGUAAGCACCUGCUCGGUUAAAAACGACAGCCAGUUUCUUGAACUGAUUCCUAUUCGGAUUAUUGUCGAUGGUGGUCUGAACCACUGCAUACUCAUCGAUUUCAUUGGUCAAGUACUCAACGUCCAGGAGAUCCAAACUGUACCUGUCCAAGGGAAGGAAGAAACACUAAUCACGAAGUAUUGGAUAAUUGCAGUGAUGAACGUGUUAGCGGAUGCCUUUGGGAGUCUUAUGCUGAGCAGUUAUAUGAUGCAUGCAAGGAAGCAAAUGGCGAACCGUUUACCUUCUGAUGGAUUGGCAAUUGCAAUGAACCUGAAAGAGGACGAUGCAUUAGUGCAGCUUCAGAAACAGCAAAAGGCGGAUGAGUGGUUGACUCUUGAUCUUAAGUCCGUUUAUGAUGUGAAGAGUUCUACCGAGAUUGAGAAAUUUAGAAUCCGUGCAAAGGUCACUGCUAUUGAUACUGAUUGGGGAUGGUAUUACUUUGGUUGCGUUAAAUGUCAACAUCGGGUUUUCAAAGACUUGAAAAAGGAGUCUUCCACCAGACCACGACCAGUAGUUCCUAUUUGGUAUUGUGAUAACUGCAAGACAAAUAUCAAAGCGGUUUCACCAAAGAAUAGAUUCAAGCUACAUUUAAUCAUUGAAGAUGAUUCUGGUGAGGCUAAGAUAAUGCUCAUGGAUUCUGUUGCUAACGGGAUGAUUCAAGACCCGGAACUUCUUCCUGAUUCCAUAAAAGAUUUGGUUGGGAACACUUUCGAUUUCUUGGUGGGUGUAGAGAAGGAGCACAUCAUGUAUGGAAAUGACACCUACAAGGCUCACAAAGUGAAAAAUGGUCAUAUCACGGGUCAUUCUGAUUCAGCCAACGAGAUCAUUACUGUUGAGGAUGAUCUCUCUCAGAUUCAUUCUGACAAUGAGGCCUCUGUUGUGAAGAGCAAUGGGAUGACACCAUCUCCUAAGCGCAGUAUUGAAGACAGCAAUAUCAGAAGUGAGCUCUCUUCCACUUCAAAGAAACAGUGCACCAAGCUCAUCAACCUAGAAGACGAAAGCAAUGGUGUUGAUGUGAAGACGUUAACCGAGUAG